AUGGGAAAUUCUUAAAAUGGAAAAGAAGAUAUGGAUUAUGAUUAAGUGAUGAAGAAUUUUAGUUUUUAUUAAGAGAUUAAUCAUUUCCAAUUAGGUAAUAUUAAGAUUUUUGAUGCAAUUGAAAAUAAAAAUCAUAAAGUAUUUCAAUUUAAGCGAUUAUGUUAAUCAGAUUAAUAAUUGCAACAAUUAAAAAAUCAUUUCUAAUAACGAAAGACAUUAAUGAAUGAACAUCUUAUAAGAAUAUUUUAUGUAAUGGGAAAAGAAUCAGUAAUGUGUUCAGAUGCUAGUCAUGUUGUAAUAUUAGGUGAAUAUUUUCAAAAUACAUUAUAAACAGAACAUGAAUACAAGUAUUAUUUAUAUGAUAUUAAUAGUUUAAAUUAAAAAUUGAUUUUCAAUGAAUCUAGACUCUGGUUAAUAAUUUAUUAAAUAAUUUAAUGUUGUGCUUAUUUAGAAGAAUAAGGUAAAUAUCAUGGAGAUUUAAAUAUUUAACAUAUUUAUUUAGAUCUUGAUGGAUCUGUUAAAUUAAUAGUAUUAAAUUAAUAUUUACAAUAAGGAACAUGAUCUAAUACCAGGAGCAAUGAAUCCAUUUUAAAAAUCAUUAUAUAAUAAUGAAUUUCAUGCUUUUUCACCUGAAUUAUUGAAUUUAUUAUAAUAAGGAGAUAAAGAGAAUUCUUAUAUGAAAUUAGAUAUUGGAAUAUUAAAUAAGACAGAUGUAUUUAGUUUGGGAUUGAUUAUAUUGGAAUUAGCUUCAUAAUUUCGUAUGUUUAUAUGAUUUAUAUGAAUAUUAGCAACUUAAUAAUAUUAUGAUUGGUAAACAAAGACUUUGAAUUAUUAACAAAUAAUUAGUGCCAUUUAAUUUUUACCAAAUAGAGGAUAUUCUACAAUAUUACAGAAUUUAUUGUUAUAAAUGUGUUAAUAAGAUAUAGAAGUACGACCAGGAUUUCAAGAGAUGAGAACUGGAUUGAAAUCAUUAGAGAAUGACAUAUUAUCGCAUACAGCUUUUUAUAGAAGUCACAUUAAAUGA